CGAGUGUCUUCCCAUGGCGGCCAUCCAAAUGCUCUUCACAUACUUCACUAUGAUCUCUGCCUUCGCGAUCCCGGCUUUUGGGGAGUUGUCGCCAGACUUUUACGAUGAGGUGUGUCCGAAGGCACUGCCCACCAUCAAACUCUUGGUCGAGCAGGCGAUUGCUCUCGAGCCACGGAUGGGCGCAUCGUUGGUCCGGUUACACUUCCACGACUGCUUUGUUAAUGGUUGUGAUGGAUCAAUCCUACUGGAUGAUACCCCAACGUUCACCGGCGAGAAGAUGGCAGGACCUAAUAAUAACUCCGUGAGGGGCUUCGACCUGAUCGAUCAAAUUAAAGCUGCCGUCAAUGAGGAGUGCCAGGGAAAUGUUGUUUCAUGUGCUGAUAUUUUGGCUGUCGCUGCUCGAGACUCCGUCGUGGUGCUUGGAGGAAGCUGCUACAAUGUGCUUCUGGGCCGGAGGGACGCGACGACAGCAAGCAGGGACGCAGCAAACACCAACAUCCCCUCCCCUUCCUUGGAUCUCCCAGACCUCAUCGCCAGCUUUGAAUCCCACGGGCUGGGCGUCGAGGACCUCGUGGUUCUCUCCGGCGCGCACACCCUCGGCUUCUCUAGAUGCGUCGUGUUCCGAAACAGAAUCUACAACGACACCGCCUGCAUCGACGGUGACUUCGCUGCCGACCUCCAGGCGGUGUGCCCGGUGUCAGGCGAGGAUAGCAACCUCGCGCCGCUCGACGAGUCUCCGGUGAGCUUCGACACGGCCUACUACCAGGACCUAGUGGAGAGCAGGGGACUGCUGCAUUCGGACCAGCAGCUGUUUAAGGGAGAUGGGAGCCUCACUGAUGAGCUGGUGCGCAAGUAUAGCGACAACCCUGAUGCCUUCUGGGCUGACUUCGGGCCGGCUAUGAUUAAGAUGGGGAAUAUAAGCCCCUUGACCGGGUGCGACGGAGAGAUCCGUGAGCAUUGUCGAUUUGUGAAUGGGUAUUAAAAUGAGCAGUUUCGUUGGUUGCUUGGAUGGGAGGUUUUUGUAUGUGGCGUGGUACUACGCGGUUUCUGGGUGUUCACAAGGUGGUUUCCUGGAUCACACAGCGUUUGGCAAAUAUGGGUGAUGUUGUGCUACAUUAGUAAACCCGAAUAAUUAUGUUACGAUAGUAAUAUGUACAUGAACAGUUCUCUUGCUUUGUGGGAGGAAAAAAAAAUAUUGGCGUAGUUCAUGAAUUUGUUAU